AUGGCCUAUAGUCUUAUUCAUCUAACCUCUGGCUGGGCAGUCGAUCAGGCAAUCCUCAGCGAAGAGGAUCGAGUAGUUAUCAUACGCUUCGGACAGGAUGGGACCCCAGAAUGUAUGCAAAUGGAUGAAACACUAAGCAAGGUUGUCAUCACACUACAAAAUAUGGCUGUAAUAUACGUCGUCGACAUCGAUGAAGUCCCCGAUUUUAAUAAAAUGUAUGAGCUCUACGAUCCAGUGACGUUGAUGUUCUUCUUUAGAAACAAACAUAUCAUGAUCGACUUGGGCACCGGUAACAAUAACAAAAUCAACUGGCCCAUUACAAACAAGCAGGAACUUAUAGAUCUUACUGAAAUCGUCUACACUGGGGCCAGAAAAGGGAAAGGCCUCGUCGUAUCGCUAAAGGACUACUCUACAAAACACAAAUACUAAAUUUUUGCCACAAGCAUGAAUUGAGGAAGUUAGGAUUGCUCUUAUUCAUUUACCUCUCCACAGCAUACCCUCUUCAUAACAUUGGAACCAUCGGCUCUGUCAACUGCCAAGCGAGAGGUUUAGCAAAUUCAGAGCCUUCUGCAUUGAGGCUGACUAUAUCACUCUUUGUAUUACAGCCUACGCUCGCUAUGUAAAGACGUAAUUUUAACGUACCUUCG